ACUGUAGACGAAAUCGUAAUGAACAACAUUCGACGUUUUUCGUUCUCCGUACAGCACGGUUUUAUUAUAAUCUCGUAAUACUUCUACAACACUUUCAAUAUGACCACAAAGUUGAUCGCAUUCGCCGCGCUGGUCGCCGGUCACAUGAUGGUGUUCGCCUAUCCGCCCGAGUACAGCAGCUACAACGCACACGACCAAUACGCGCACGCGCCCGCCCCGUACAGCUUCGAGUACGGCGUGCACGACCCGCACACGCACGACGUGAAGAGCCAAAACGAGUCGAGCGACGGACACGGCAACGUGAAGGGAUCGUACAGCCUGUUGGAAGCCGACGGGUCCACCCGCGUGGUCGAGUACACCGCGGACGACGUGCACGGGUUCAACGCGGUCGUCAAGAAGGUCGGUUCGCCCUACUACCACGGUCAGCCGUCGUCAGCCGACUACCUCCACGGUCACAAAAACGUCUACCCGUCCGGCUAUCACCAUUACUGAACAAACCUCGGGAAAACGUGACAACGUUCGUCUUCGAGAAGAACUAAAUCAUCUCGUCUCUGUCGCCACUUCAACUUGUUAUCAUCUCAUAUUAUAUGUCUAGUCGGAUGAUCAUUAACGUUGCUCGUUAGUAAAAUAAACAAUAACAGUACAUUCGAA